AUUGAUAGAAAAUGGAUUUAUUCAGUUCUGUGGAAAUAGCACGACCAAAACCAUCAAUGUUUACACCUACCUAUUUAUUGAGAGAACAUACAGUUCCUCAUAUAACAACAUACGGUUGUAUGAACGACUGGAUGAAUGUACAGAAUCGUGUUCUGUCAUCCGGUGUUCCAGUCACUAUGUCAGACAGUAAUUGGAUGAAAGCGAACACAAUGGCUGAUACUCGACCAGGAUUUAAUGAUAAAUAUGGUAAAGCUUAUACUGAGCUCAGUCAACAGAUAGCUUAUAGACAUCCUAAUCCCGGUAAAGCAAGGGAACGACAGGGACGUAUUGGUGGAUCAUGGAGAAACAUCAAGGAGGUGUUAGGACACAGUGGUAGCCGAGUGGUGUUCGUAGAUGGUUUAGUGGGUAUGUAUGAUACUCAAAAGUUUACUGAUGAUCUGUGUGCCCAACAGUCAGCCAGACCACAUCUGAACGGAGAUGGUUUUGUACCUGCUAAAUAUGAACCAGUUAAUUUAACAACUCAAAUGCCAGAGUAUGACCCAAGCAGUAAUCGAUUACCAAGCGUUCCAGAUGCAAGGCCACGAAUGGAUUAUGGGGAUGAUGACGUCAACAGAAAAAUGGCAUUAUUAGAAGAAGAUAAAUAUAAAGGAUUCUACAAAUAUAAAUAAAUUAAUUAAUAAAUGAAUUUCUCCAUUUUGAAUUAUAGUCUUUCAUAGACAUUACCACAUCAGUAUUAGUCUUGAAAUAUUAUAACCAUAAUUAUUUUUAGUCAAAUUAACCUACAUUGUACUUAUAUUUCGUGGGUUUGAAGACAAAUUCUCAUUCAAAUUG